CGACGCCGCUAUGGUGUAAUGAGACCUCGCAAGGCGAAUUCGUCAAAUUGUGAUCUCAUUCCUAUUUAUCUCCAUGAUCGAAAGGGUUCAUCUCGCAGAGCUGGUUAAGAUGAUAAACAUUGUUGAAGAUCAUAUUAAUCGAACACUGAUCAUCACAUAAUCGGAGAUCAUUUGUGUGAAGUUGCUUCUGUGAAAAUAGACUUGGCCACACUGUACGAAACCCAUUUUAGCAAAUAAUGUUUUCACUCCGUCGAAGGGACGUUUCCCGACGGAGAGAGAGAGUGAGAGGGGGGAGAGAGAAAAUGUUGUUUUUCAUCACAGAAGGCCCUCUGGAUUCUCACUCCAUUAUAACAGGAAACAAAUGGAGACCGGUGCAAGUAUAGUUACUGGAACUUGGUAUAUCAAAGUUGGUGGUGUGCAUGGGUGGAAUCUUCAGUGCGAAUUGACGAGUAGGCAGGGGCGAAGGUACAAUAAUGUUGGACGGACAUGAUUUAACGAAUUUGGGUUACAAUGGUUGAGAGAGCAGAUGGGGCUGGUACAUCAAGAACCAGCACUGUUUUCCACUAGCAUUUCUGGGAACAUUCUUGUGUAUGGUAAAGAUGAAGCAGAUAUGGAUCAAAUCGCUGAAGCUGCAAAUGCACAUUCUUUUGUUCAACAUUUGCCUGAUGGUUAUCAUACUCAGGUUGGAGAAGGGGGAACUCAGCUCUCUGGAGGGCGGAAACAGAGGAUUGCUAUCGCAAGAGCGAUUUUGAGAAACCCAAAGAUUCUACUUCUUGAUGAGGCCACAAGUGCUCUUGAUGCAGAAUCAGCACUCAUUGUUCUACAAGCAUUGAAUACAGCAAUGUCCAAUGGCACAACGAUAGUUGUUGCACACAGAAUAUCUACUAUCCAUGAUGUAGAUUCGAUCAUUGUCCUGAAAAAUAUAUGGACAGGUUGUCAUUCAGAGCUGAUAUCCAAAGGUGGAGAGUUUGAAGUGCCCCAGGCGCACAACAUUACACCUAGGCGCAUCUUCAGAAUUUCAAAAAUUGAACAAAUUUUUGGGUCUUGCCACGGACACUCUCGAACUCCGAUUUGCACAAGGUUUGAUCCGUUGAAAAACUCAUCUAGCAUACUUUCUAACCAAUUUAGUUUGGUACACAUGAAACUUUCAAAUUUCUUUGAAGCUUAUGGAUGUGGGCAUGUGGCAAAGAAAGAAUUGAAGCAGAAAUCUUAUGGAAAUUUCAAAGAUACUGAAGAUAGCAGAAAUCUUCUUGCAACUGAACUUAAGCUAAAAGCUCUACUCAAAGGCAGAAGUUAA